CAACUGCAGAACAUUUGUCAAGUGGUCACCGCCUCAGAUUCCCAUCCAGGCGUCUGCCUUACUAUCUUCGGUUGGUGGUUGUCUUCGCUCGAGACGACUCUCUCGUGCCACUGAGGGUAAACCGACCUUUGCAGUGACGAGAAGUCCCUCACCAUGUCCACGCCCACGCCGGACGCGCGAGUUGAGCCCGUUUCUUCCUCUACUUCGCUACCUGAGAAAGCGCGGGGAAUGAGAGUGAACGGGAAAAACUGGCAUGCCCCGAAAAAGGCUUUUCGACCAAAUGCUGGUCAAGUCUCUUACGCCAAACGCAAGGAGCAAGACAAGAUCAAGCAGGUGACCAAGGCAAGAGAAUUGGAAAUGAAACAAGAAAAGGAGCAGGAGCGGGAUAGGAGGAUCCAAGCCAUCAAAGACCGCAGGAAAGCCAAGGAGGAAAAGGAAAGGUACGACAAGAUGGCAGAGAAGAUGCACAGAAAGCUGGUCGAACGGAGGAAACGGAGAGAAAAGCGAAACAAGUUGUUGAACAGUUGAAGAGCUUUUGAUUACGUUUGAUGUAUUUGAACGGUCUCGUUGGACAGCUCGAACGAGAAAAGACGCCGCGCGGUCUACAGUCGUGGUAUCAUGAAUGGUGUUGGCUAUGAAGAGCAAGAAGCAACGCGAGAAGAAUUUUUCAGAGCGGCAGCGACUAGAACCAUCUUCUUGAAGUCUACAGCAGGAUUGCUGCCUUGCGAAAGAACCGGUUGGACAGGAGACGAAUGAUGCCGCAUCAGGAUCCCCGCCGGUCUCAACAAGAUUUCUCUCCUGGUAAUAGAGGAAUAUCGGUGAUGGAGUUACCAAUCUUGAGUUUGAGCUGGGAAAAGGUUAUUGUGAGGCGGGGACAUAUUGCCUGCGACAUAUGGACUUUUUCCUGCUCGGAAGGCUCACGCAAAGUCCAUCCAAUACUGAUAUGGAACGAGCCAGUUUGAUCAGUGGAGUCGCGAUGACUUGGGCUGAUGGUUGGAUCGUGGGUUUGUGGUAUGUGAUACAAUGGUUCUAGUCCAAAAUGACGAGCGACCGCAUUGCAUUUUUCUAGCAAAAGGUUCAGUUGGUCGUUCUCAGGCCUGCUUAAGAUAAGCACCAAG